UGCUGCCUGGGCAGGCUCCCAGCUGGGGCCUCAUCUGCUGCCAGCUUCCAGCCGCCAGCCUCUCCUAUAUCAACUCCAACUCAGUGUCUCCUGGCCCUUUCCGGGAGUCUGUCCCUAACCCUGAGUGGAAGCUUGGGCCUCUACAGGCCCCUGAUGCUUCCAUUAGGAACAUGGUCCUCUCCUUCCCCAUCCCCAAAACUUUAGCUUCUCAGCAAACAGGCCUCUGAAGCUCCUGCUCCGCCCUUUCUGGUCUUUCUAGUCUCCUCGCCAGUUCUAAGGCCUGGCUAGGCCUCCUGCUUCUUCCUACCCACUACCUCACAGACCGAGAGCAAGCUACUCCACUUAUUUACUCCCCCUGUCCUAUCUAUCCAUGGAGACCCCAGGACUGGUUGUGCAUGGGGAGACUUCGUCCUUUUCCACAGCACUCCGAAGCCUCGUCAACAACCCCCUAUACAGUGAUAUUCGCUUUUUAGUUGGUCAAGAAAGGCAGGAGGUGUUUGCCCACCGGUGCUUGUUGGCCUGUAGAUGCAACUUCUUCCAGCAACUUCUGGGCCUGGAGCCAGGAUCUGCAGUACCUAACCCCGUGGUGCUAAGCACUGUUCCAGCUGAGGCCUUCCUGGCAGUGCUAGAGUUCCUGUAUACCAACAGUGUCAAGCUGCACCGCCACUCUGUGCUGGAGGUGCUGACAGCUGCUGUGGAGUAUGGGCUGGAGGAACUUCGAGAGCUGUGCCUGGAGUUUGUGGUGAAGGUGCUGGAUGUGGAGCUGGUUUGUGAGGCCCUGCAGGUGGCCGUGACCUUUGGCCUGGGCCCGCUGCAGGAGUGCUGCAUAGCCUUCAUAGAGGCCCACAGUCAGGAGACGCUCCGGACCCGCGGCUUCCUGGAGCUGUCGGCGCCCGCGUUGCUGCUCCUGCUGCGCAGCGACAAGCUCCGCGUGGACGAGUCUGAGCUCGUCCUGGCCGCUCGGAGCUGGGCGCGCGUGGGCGCGGCGGUGCUGGAGCGGCCCGUGGCCGAGGUGGCGGCCCCCGUGGUGCGGGAGCUGAGACUGGCCUUGCUGGCCCCGGCGGAGCUGAGCGCCCUGGAAGAGCAGAACCGGCGGGAGCCGCUCAUCCCGGUGGAGCAGAUCGUGGAGGCUUGGAAGUGCCACGCGCUGCGGAGGGGGGACGCGGCCCCGGGCGCCCCGUGCCGCCGCCGGACGGGCACCCUGCCCCGGGAGCACCACCGUUUUCUAGACCUGACCUUCAAGUGA